GUCCAAAUGAUUAUGGGAUGCCCAUGGAGGUGGAAGUAACCUACAUACAGGACAGCUUCUUAACCAGUGAUGUCCUGCAUGACAUGAUUUUGCUGGUAGAGUUCUACAAAGGUGGACCAGACCAAACAAUGUUUCAAGACUUAUGGAAUGAAGAAAAAACAUUUUUGGACAAAAUAAAGGAAUCUUUAGGUAGUCGAACUCCUAAGGAGCCAGGAUAUGAGACAGUUCUUGACCAGAUUUACUCACUUCUGUCACAGCUGGGUUGACUCUCCCCUCAGCAAGGAACAUUCUGUCUUGUGUUCUAAAUAUGGAAUGUGCACAGGAAUAUGCUAACACAGAGACAGUAAAUAUUCUACAUUCAGAA